AUGGCUCACAAUGACGAGGGAGCUUCCUCGCAGCCUCUGCUGAUCGCGAGUUCGCCUAGUCGGCCGUCUUCGCCAGCUCAGCGAGAGUCGUCUAUGGCGCGACUUGCAUCUCCCAUCCCGGCAAGUUCUUUUACCGGCACUCCUUCAUCAGUAAGGUCCGGGGCAGUCGCGCCUGUCGUGCACAAUGAGCACCUUCCAGCUCUGGAGAACCAGUCGUCUCUACCAGGCCCGGGACAAUCUGCUUUAGCUUCAGCCCUCAGGGAUCCUAGUCAAUCCUUCUCUCAACAGCGAAAUACCCCUCCGCAGCACUCGCCUCUCGCGAACGCUCUUAAUCACCAACAAUCCUUGGAUAUCAUUCCUCGAUCAAACUAUGGGUCGUUCGAGUCCCGACCCGUUGACGAUGGUACUGAGUCGAAUCGUGGCAUUGAAGAUCCCGAGGUCGUGAGGAGGCAUCUAGUGUUACCUCCUGACGUCGAUACACGAGAGUCGGAGUCGCGAAGUGAGGUAGGAAAUGGCCUUGAUGGGGAUGAGUUCUCAAGCUUGCGGUUACAAGGCGGCGACGUCACUCGACAGAUUUAUCGCUGGACAGAAGAUGCGGAAGCCCAAGCAUCUGGGCUAAGACGGCCCCUUCGAAGUAGAAGUUUCAGUGUCAAUCGGCCUGAGCCAGAGAGCGAUACUAUGAAUAUAAACUCGAUUCUUGUGCCCGGAGGUUUCCGAAGAGACCAUCUACGGAGAACUCUGGGAAGUCCCGGCCCUCGAGGACCACAGGACGCCGAUCAUGCUGCCUCGGCACAACCUCAAUUUCUGACAAGCAACUUUCUUGAAUUUUUGACCUUGUAUGGCCAUUUUGCCGGUGAGGAGCUUGAGGAGGACGAUGAAGCACUCGGACCGGGUGAAUACUUUUCAUCUGAUGCCUGGGAGGGCAGUGACGAAGCUGAGCCAGGCGAAGGCACAUCAUUACUACGCCCGGAAACACCUGGUCGCAAGAAGCGCAAGUACAAGGAACGAUCUCCGAAAGGGACAACUACUCCGAUGGGAGCUGCACUUCUUCUGCUGAAAUCCUUUGUCGGUACAGGUGUUUUGUUCUUGCCUCGUGCAUUCUUGAACGGAGGCAUGAUUUUCAGCUCAGUCGUCCUUCUCGUUGUUUCGUUGCUCAGUUUCUACUGUUUUAUCCUCCUGGUCAACUCCCGACUCAAGGUUGACGGGUCGUUCGGCGACAUUGGAGGAGUCUUGUACGGGAAGUGGAUGAGGCGAAUUAUUCUUGUGUCGAUCGUGCUCAGUCAACUGGGUUUUGUUUCGGCAUAUAUUGUCUUCACAUCUCAAAACCUUCAAGCUUUCAUUCUAGCUGUCAGCAAGUGCAUGACUUAUAUCGACAUCAAGUUCAUGGUCCUGAUGCAGCUGAUCAUCUUCCUCCCACUUUCGUUGAUUCGCGAUAUCAGCAAGUUGGGAUUCACCGCUCUGAUAGCUGAUGUCUUCAUUAUGCUGGGCUUGAUCUACCUGUUCUACUACGACAUAAGCACGAUUGUUGACCAGAAAGGCGUGUCCGAUAUCAUUCCCUUUAAUGCAAAUUCGUGGACUCUGUUUAUUGGAACUGCCAUUUUCACUUACGAGGGCGUUGGGUUGAUUAUUCCUAUCCAAGAGUCGAUGGCACAUCCCAAAAAGUUUCCUUCUGUUCUCGCCGCCAUUAUGAUCAUCAUCACCGUUAUCUUUCUAUCUGCUGGCGCUCUCAGCUACGCGGCAUAUGGAUCUGCCACCAAGACUGUUGUCCUUCUCAACCUUCCACAGGACGACAAGUUUGUGAAUGCAGUCCAGUUCUUGUAUUCGCUAGCAAUCUUGUUGAGCACGCCUCUGCAGCUUUUCCCUGCCAUUCGUAUCACCGAGAACGAGCUGUUCACUCGCAGCGGCAAGUACAAUCCGGGUAUCAAGUGGAAGAAGAACUUUUUCCGCUUCAUGCUUGUCAUGUUCUGCGCAUUUGUAGCCUGGGGCGGUGCGGAUGACCUUGAUAAAUUUGUCUCGCUUGUAGGUAGUUUUGCCUGCGUGCCUCUUGUCUACGUCUAUCCGCCUCUGCUCCACCUACGAGCCUGCGCAAGAACCCGCCUCCAGCGUGUCGCCGAUAUCUCACUUGCAGUAUUCGGCAUAAUAUGCUGUUUCUACACCACCGCGCUGACCGUCUAUAACUGGCUUGGCGUGCCUACUCCACCCGCGCCUGGAUACUGUGAUACAUAG